AUGUUGCCGCUCGAGGCCCAGACCAACGAUCCCUCGGCGACCAAGCCGGGCGAGGGAGCCGACGAGCUCGCACGGCAGACGCAGCCAGAGCGUCGCCUCGUCCGCAAGGUCGACCUCCUCCUGAUGCCCGUCCUGCUCUGCUCGGCAGGACUGCAGUACUACGACAAAGCAGUACUCGGUUCGGCCGCCAUCUUCGGCGUCAUCAAGGACCUCGGCCUGUCGACGACGCACGUCAACCCCGAGACGGGCAAGGCCGUCGUGUCGACCCUGCGGUACUCGACCGCCUCGUCGGCUUUCUACUGGGGCUACAUCAUCGCGGUCUUGCCGUUCGCGCUCCUCCUGCAGCGGUUUCCGCUCGCCAAGACCUUGAGCAUCUGCAUCUUCUUGUGGGGCGUCACGGCGCUCCUCACCAUCGUCUGCACGUCGUACGAGGGCCUCGUCGUGCAGCGUGUCUUUCUCGGUGUGCUCGAGUCGUCCAUCUCGCCAGGAUUCGUCCUCAUCACGAGCCAGUGGUACAAGAAGUCGGAGCAGGCCGCUCGCCUCGGCGUGUGGUACAGCGCGACGGGCAUCUUCUCGGCCUUCUCCGGCAUCGUCAACUACGGCCUCGGGAGCGCCGACGGGUCGUUCGCGCCUUGGAAGCGCAUGUAUUGUCUCGCCGGCGGCCUCACGAUCGCCUUUGCCUUCGUCGUCCUGUUCGUCGUGCCCGACUCGCCGCGCACGUCGCACCGGUGGUUCAACGACGAUGAGCGGCAGAUCCUUAUCCGGCGCUCGAGGGAGAACAUGAGCGGCCGCAUCGAGCUCGGCGGCUUCCAGUGGCGCCAGGCGAGGGAGGCGGCGUGCGACAUCAAGAUCUACCUCUUCAUGGUCAUGGGCGCCGGCAUCUACGUCUGCAACGGCGCCGUCACCGCCUUCUCGUCCCAGAUCGUCAAGAGCUUCGGCUACUCGUCCCUGACGACCAUCGCCAUCUCGAUUCCUGGCGGCAUCUUCACCGCCGUCUUCAUCUACUUCUUCACAUGGGUCUCGACCAAGUGGAAGAACGGCCUCACCCUCCUCAUCCCGAUCUCGUGCAUCCCCGUUUGGAUCGGGGCCGCCCUCAUCUGGGGCGCGUCGUGGGAGCGACGGGGCGUCCCGCUCUUCGGCAACUACCUGCUGGCGACGUUCGGCAGCCCUUACGUCCUCCUCCUCGCCCUCUCGACGGCCAACGUCGCGGGCUCGACCAAAAAGUCCAUCUCUGCGGGCGCCAUCUUUGUCUCGUACUGCGUCGGCAACAUCAUCGCGCCGUACACCGUGUUCAUCGACGAGAAGGCCGUCAAGUAUCGCUCGACCUGGAUCGCCCUUUACGCCUCGCUCGGCGCCGCUUCUCUCGCGUCACUCGCCUUGCGCUUCAUCCUCGCUCGCGAGAACGCCCGGCGGGACGCUCGUGACGCCUCGAGCGCCGACAACUUGGAGAAGCACGACGGCGACUCGGUCACGCCGUCGGCCGAGGAGCGCGACAAGGAGUACGAGCGUAUCGAGCGCGAGGAUUUGACCGACAAGGAGAACAUGGCGUUCCGGUACACGCUCUGA